AUGAUAUCAACCAUACUGUUUUAGAUAUGUUUUCUGGAGACCAACGCACUUUUUUAAGUGCUGAUAAUGCUAUUAUAGAGGAAGGAGCUGACAACUAUAAUGUAUAUCCUGUUGAAUAUUUAAAUUCUCUCAAUCCUUCCAGCAUGCCAUCUUAUAAACUCAAGCUUAAAAUUGGAUGUCCAAUUAUGCUUCUUCGAAAUCUUGCACCAUCUCAAGGACUUUGUAAUGGUGCUCACUUGAUAGUAACUCACUUUACUAAUUAUGUUAUUGAAGCACGUAUUCUUUGUGGAGAUAAG